GGAGGCGAGUAACGCGGAAAUGCGACAUGAGUGGGUGUGAACUGUAAAGCAUAUUGAUAUGGUCAAAGUAUGUUGUGAAACACAAAACAGUCUGUGACUAAACGUUUCUCGGCAAAGCCGAACAAAGAACUAUCUGCUGCUACUAUUAUCCGACACAGUGUAUCAUGCGAACGUGGGAACAUCACAGUCAUUAUUAUCAUACGCACUGAUCAACAAACAAGACAUGGAAGCAUUUUACGAAGCAGCAGCCGACAGACUUUUGAUUAUCAUUCAUCAGCAAAAUAUGUGUCUUUCUGCUGAGAGUCUAUGCCACGAAUUCAGUAAACGAGUUGGAGUUACACUCGAAGAUUUCGUUGGGGUUGAGGGCCAUGAAUUUGUACGGACGUCACCGGCCUAUCGAUAUUCAAAUCCAAAUUCAUUUCCUAGUCGGGAGGAUGGCAAGUACUGUGAAAUGCUACUGAUAAAAGCUUGUCAGUUGAUCGAGGACAAUGUCUUAAAUUUCGCGUGCGAUGACAAUAUUGAAAACACUGCGUUUCAUUAUCUCGCUGCUAUACCAGAAACAUCGCAUCUUGUUCGAUUACUGUUGAAAGCAAAAGGUAAAGAAUUGGCGUUGAAAACGAAUAUUAACGGUCAAAAUAUAUUACACGUACUCGCUGGAAGGCUGCGUGCAAAAAAAGACAGCGAUGGCGAUUUGGUGUUUGAAAACGAUAGAAUUGGAGAAAUUGAAUGGGCUGUAAAGGACAGAAUAGCUUUCUUAGAAAUGUUGAAAGAAGAACUGUCUGUCGUCGAGCUAUCUCAUUUGGUAAACGCACAAGACGAGUUUGGCGAUACAGCGAUGCACGAAUGGGCAUUGUCAACAUCUGAAACACGAUAUGCUGAAAGUCAAAUAGAAAUCGGACAGUUGCUUUUAGAUUUUGGGGCAAAAUUACGUCUUCCAAACAACGGAGGCCAACUACCUCUGCACUAUGCUUUCAACGCAGACGUGUUCGAAUUUCUGGUCGAAAAAUGCGAUGUCUGCCACGUUAGAAAUGACUUGGACGAAACGCCACUGAUGUUCAUCGUAAAAGCAAUCAUAACACAAGCUUUCUCGAAAAUCAACGUGACCAAAUAUCGAGAGUUGAUCACAGUUGCAAAAUUUCUGGAAAGGGUGAAUCCAAAACCGGUAAAAGUGCGUGAAUUGACGCCCUUUAUUGAGUUACUUCAAAGGUGUACUGAACUCUGGUACGCGAUUGAAAUUCCAGACAUUGGUGGUGAAUAUAUCUUUGAUGUUGUCCUCUCAAGCAUCAAAAUCUCCUCUUACGAAUGGUUUGAUCCAAUUCUGUCGGUAGAACAGAUUCUUUUCUGGAAAUUUACAUAUGGAUUGGUCUCGUUACUUGAGAGCAUAAUUGAUACUCCCUUUUGCACAAAACAUCUAAAAAAAGAAGUGUUGCAUACGUUGUUGAACUUUCAUCCAAAUAUUCCCGAAUUGAAUCGCGACAACUCAGCUCUCUCAGCACUAAUCAAGUGUUUGGACAUGCUUUGUCAAAAAGGAGUCGACAUAAACUCUCUCGAUACAAACGGACUGACGCCUUUAGAUAUUGCCUACAAAUGUUACAGCAUUCGGCCAAUUUUCUCUAAAAUAAUCAUCGAAAAACUGCUCAUGUAUGGGGCUCGAAGAAGUGGAAACUCGUUUAAACGUCAACUAACGUCUAGCUGUCCAAAACGUCAUCUUCAAAGUGCACAAGAUCUUGCAGCAACCACAGGAACAGUAGAUAAUGUCACUGUUGUCGGAAAAUUCCGAUAUUUCAACGACCAGCCAAUCGGGUCUGGCGCCUUCAGCUCUGUAUUUCUCGCGAUCAAAGAUGAGAACCUCGAUGAAGGUGGCAAGAUGUACUGUCGCUGUUUUGCGUUGAAACGAAUCGAGAAGGCAAAAGUUAAUCGAAAUGAAAUCAAUCGCGAGGUGAAAACAUUGAUUUUACUUUCCAACGAAUCCACGAACGUCGUGAAGUACUAUGGAGUUGAAGAUUCCGAUGACGCGAAUUUCCAGUAUCUUUGCCUGGAAUUGAUGAAUGGUGACCUUGAACAGUUCAUAACUAAUAAUUCAACAGUACUCGAAGAAAAGGGAAAUGAAUCGAUCAUGAGUGCGGUUCGUGAUAUCAUUCGCGGGGUGGAAUUUCUUCACAGAAAAAAUUUCAUCCAUCGUGACAUCAAGCCCGGUAAUAUAUUGUACACAGUUGAGCCGAGUUUGCAAUUCAAAAUUGCCGACUUUGGGCUGACGAAGAAGUUAUUUACUUCAUCGACGAUGACUUUAGGGAGUGGUAUUGCCAUGGCCCCGGGCACGCGUUGUUGGAUGGCACCAGAGCUCAUCAGCAUGGUGACAACAGAUCAUAACGAACAGACAGAUUUGUUUUCGUUGGGUCUUGUACUUUAUUAUCUUCUGACUGCAGGCAAACAUCCUUUUGCGACCGAAAGGAUGGAGCCCUCUCACGUCAUCGAGAAAAGAAUCGUAGAUAUGCAAAUUCGUUCUGACCAAGUAUUACAACAGGAAGCGAGCAGUUUUCUUCACCAGCUUCUUAACAAAAACCCAUCCAAGCGUACACCAGCCGAAUUUCUUCACCAGCAUCCUUUCCUGUGGAGCACCAGAAAAAAGAUCGAGUUCCUUAAAGCGGUUGGUUCUCAACCAGAGGCUGUUUUUCCCACUGGCUCGACCUUAGAGCAAAGGUUGCAAACGACAACAACUGGUAGACAGGUUUCUGUUACUACUUGGAAUAUAGAAUGCCGUGAGUUGUUUAAUCGUAUGACAAUGAAUCGAAAGAAGAGAAAAAUCAAGAGGUACAAAACCAACAAGGUGAUCGAUUUCCUGCGAUUUAUCCGCAAUGCUUACUCUCAUCAGGACGAGAGAAGGUUACCCACUCAACUGAAGCUUGAGAGCAAUGUCUUUUUGCGUGAGUACCCUUCGCUUGUGCUCGAUGUUUUUACGAUUGUACAACAGCUAGGGUAUGAGAAGCGUAGCAGCAUUUAUCAAGCUCUCAUGAUGGAGCAAAAAGGUUCACCAAACUGACAAUAGACGGUGGUCUUUUCAAUAACUUCAAAUAUAACCAAGGUGUAGCGUGCAAGCCAGAUUUUCGAGUAACUUCCAUUAAAGGUGAUGACAACACUGUCUAAAAUAAACAAAAAAUUCUCCACCUCUUGAUCUAAUGGCCAGUUUUUGUUUAUUUCAGGCAGUUGUUUUACGUCAUUUUAUGAGAAUUUUAUGAGAAGUUUUUGAAAUAUUUAUGCUUGGAACUACGAUAUAACUGCUAAUAAAUCAUAACAAAUUAUAUUUCGCACUGUACAAAGAUUGUUAUUAGUGAGCUUAAGGUAGUGACGUUUUUGACAACACGUACGUUAACCGAAAGUAAAGUUUUUGUUUCUCAUCAA